CUUUCCACGCCUGAGAAGACGUGUAGGGGCUGGGUUCGGCUCUCGUGAACUCUGACCCGAACGCGUCGGUUUCUCUUUCCGGGACAAGAUGGCGCCGUCCACGCCACUCCUGGCAGUCCGAGGGUCAGAAGGACUCUACCUGGUGAACGGACCACCACAUUUUACAGAAAGCACCGUGUUUCAAAGGGAAUCUGGGAAAAACUGCAAAGUCUAUGCCUUUAGUAAGGACGGGACCUUGUUUGCCUGGGGCAACGGAGAAAAAGUAAAUAUUAUCAAUGUCACUAACAAGAGACUGCUGCACUCCUUCGACCUCCCAAAGGCAGUCUGCCUUGAGUUCUCGCCAAAAAAUACCAUCUUGGCAACGUGGCAGCCUUAUACUACUUCGAAAGAUGGCACAGCUGGGACACCCAACCUACAACUUUAUGAUGUGAAAACUGGAACAUGUUUGAAGUCUUUUAUCCAGAAAAAAAUGCAAAAUUGGUGUCCUUCCUGGUCAGAAGAGGAAGCUAUUUGUGCCAGAAAUGUUAACAAUGAAGUUCACUUCUUUGAAAACAACAACUUUAAUACAAUUGCAAAUAAACUGCAUUUGCAAAAAAUUAAUGACUUUGUGUUAUCACCUGGACCCCAACCAUACAAGGUGGCUGUCUGUGUCCCAGGAAGUAAGGGCGCGCCCUCAUUCGUUAGGUUGUAUCAGUACCCCAACUUUGGUGGACCUCAUACAGCCCUAGCCAACCGAAGUUUCUUUAAGGCUGACAAGGUUACAAUGCUGUGGAAUAAAAAAGCUACUGCCGUGUUGGUGAUAGCUAGUACAGAUGUUGACAAGACGGGAGCUUCCUACUACGGGGAGCAAACGCUGCACUACAUCGCAACCAACGGGGAGAGUGCCGUUGUGCAGUUACCAAAGAAUGGCCCCAUUUAUGAUGUAGUUUGGAAUUCUAGUUCUACCGAGUUUUGUGCUGUUUAUGGUUUUAUGCCUGCCAAAGCAACCAUUUUCAACCUGAAAUGCGACCCUGUGUUUGACUUUGGAACCGGCCCCCGUAACGCAGCCUACUUUAGCCCUCAUGGACAUAUAUUGGUAUUAGCCGGAUUUGGAAACCUGAGAGGGCAGAUGGAAGUGUGGGAUGUGAAAAACUACAAACUUAUUUCUAAACCAGUGGCCUCUGAUUCUACGUAUUUUGCUUGGUGCCCAGAUGGCGAGCAUAUCUUAACAGCCACAUGUGCUCCCAGGCUACGUGUUAACAACGGGUACAAGAUUUGGCAUUAUACCGGCUCUGUCUUACACAAGUAUGAUGUGCCAUCCAAUGCAGAAAUAUGGCAGGUUUCUUGGCAGCCGUUUUUAGAUGGAAUAUUUCCAGCAAAAACAAUAACUUACCAAGCAGUUCCAAGCGAAGUACCCAGUGAGGAACCUAAAGUUGCAACAGCUUAUAGACCCCCGGCGUUAAGAAAUAAACCAAUCACCAAUUCUAAACUGCACGAGGAGGAACCACCUCAGAACAUGAAACCACAAUCUGGGAGUGAUAAGCCGUUAUCAAAAACAGCCCUUAAAAAUCAGCGGAAGCAUGAGGCUAAGAAAGCUGCAAAACAGGAAGCAAGAAGUGACAAGAGUCCAGAAUCGGCACCUACCCCUGUCCCACCCAGCGCACCACGGAACACUGGCCCCCAGUCAGCUUCUGGAGACCCUGAGAUAGACAAAAAAGUGAAGAACCUAAGGAAGAAACUGAAAGCAAUUGAACAACUGAAAGAACAAGCAGCAACUGGAAAACAGCUAGAAAAAAAUCAGUUGGAGAAAAUUCAGAAAGAGAAAGCCCUGCUCCAGGAGCUGGAAGAUUUGGAAUUGGGCCUUUGAAGAUUCACGGAAAGGAAGUUGGUUCCCAGAAAUCAGUGCAGACACAUCUUCUGUUAAACCCACUGUCUUACUGGAGUAUCUGUGCAGCCACACUGCACUUCCUUCUGUAAUUGUAGCCACUUCUCCAAGA